AACGGUAUUUGCAAUUUCCAGCUUCGUCCAUGGAGAAUUUGGGUGAUGUGCCCACUGUCCCCUUCUCACAUAUAAAUUUUAGGUGUAGGGCUCCAAAUGGACAUAGACAUGGCCGAGUUAAUUUGUUGCAAGCGCUUAACAAGUUAAGACAGAACUCUUCUGCUUCGGCGGCUUGUUUUUAGAAUGAUGGCCGCGGUUUCUUCUUCUGCAGCUCUCGCCUCCUUCACAGAAGCCAAAUCUCACACCCCUCCCAAUAAAUCCCGCAGCAACCCACCCUUCCUUCUCAAUUCCUUAAGGAUUUCAACUAAACCCUAUCUCAAAUCUGCCCCAGUUUCACUCAAAUCGCUACCACACCUCAAGCCCAAAAACCCCAGCUCCGCCAUUAAAUCCCUUUUCACCGGAAUCGUUGAGGAAAUAGGCCAUAUUCAGCAUUUGGGUCCUAACCAUGAAGGUGGCUUGGAACUUAAGAUCGCGGCGAAAACCGUUAUGGGCGGCGUCCAACUCGGCGACAGCAUCUCCGUCAACGGGACUUGUCUCACCGUCACUGCGUUUGAUCCAGCGGCGUCCCACUUUUCCGUGGGGCUCUCACCGGAAACACUCCGGAAAACUUCCCUCGGUGAGCUCGGCCCUGGAUCGCCCGUCAACCUUGAGCGGGCGUUGCAGCCUGUCUCAAGGAUGGGAGGGCACUUCGUGCAGGGCCACGUUGAUGGGACUGGUGAAAUUGUAAAGUUCGAAUCGGAGGGGGAUUCUAUCUGGGUGAAGGUAAAGACUUCGCCGGAGCUGCUACGCUAUAUUGUGCCCAAAGGAUUUAUAACUGUAGACGGAACGAGCUUGACGGUGGUUCACGUCUAUGAUGAGGAUGUCUGUUUUGAUUUUAUGCUGGUGGCUUACACGCAGCAGAAGGUGGUCAUUCCCAUGAAAAAGGUGGGAGAUAAGGUUAAUUUGGAGGUGGACAUACUCGGGAAGUAUGUGGAGAAGCUACUAAGGAGCGGCAUUGCAACUGGCGAUACCUUGGAUUCUUCAUGAUUUCUGAAAGAAGGAUUGACAUUGAGACAAUGCUUAGAUUAAACUCGUUAAACUCUUGAUAUGAGAAGGAGAAGAAGGAAGUGGUGCAAAUAUUAACCAUUUCUAGAGGAGCUUCUCAUAAAGCAAAGUUCUUUCACUUGUUAUUUGUUUGGUGAGGAUGACUCCUCAUCAUCAAAGCAAGCUGUGAUGGAGCGGCGGCUGCAUUUGCUUCAGUUGAUGGCAAACAUUUUAUGAUUUCCCUCUUCUUAUUUGCACAUCUUCCCAUCCCUCUUCCUCUUUCUCACAU